AUGGAAUCUCUGGGCGACAUGACUCCCGGCGGGAGCAUCGCUCUAGGAAUCUUCGUCGGCCUCAUUUCGACGAGCGUGCAGAGCCUCGGCCUGACGCUGCAGCGGAAAUCACAUAUCCUCGAGGAUGAGAAGGGCCCCCACGACGUACGGCGGCCGCCCCACCGGCGUCGCAGGUGGCAGCUGGGCAUGGGCAUGUUCGUCGUUGCCAACCUGCUGGGGAGCACAGUCCAGAUCUCGAUGCUGCCGUUGCCCGUCUUGUCGACGCUGCAGGCAGCCGGCUUGGUCUUCAACUCGAUAUGCGCCACCUUGAUCCUCAGCGAACCUUUUACGCGAUGGUCACUCUGCGGCACCGUUCUCGUCACGACGGGCGCCAUCCUCAUUGCCGUUUUUGGCGCCAUCCCAUCGCCUGCGCACGACCUCGCCGAGCUGCUCGAGCUCUUCGCUCGGAGGCCUUUCAUCGCGUGGAUGAUACUGCAAGCCUUGUUCGUCGUUGGCGUUGCCGUCGCCAUUGACGUCGUCGAUAAAUCGUCGAGCAUAUCGUACAAUUCCCGCUUCCGCCUGGUCCGUGGCAUCACCUACGGCCUCAUCAGCGGUGACCUGUCGGCCCACGCGUUGUUGUUCGCCAAAUCGGCCGUCGAGCUCGUCAUCAAGACGAUCGGCGGCAAGAACCAGUUCGCCCACUGGCAAGCCUGGGCCAUCGUCCUGGCCCUUGUCUCCCUGGCGUUGUGCCAGCUAUAUUACUUACACCGCGGCCUGAAACUCGUCUCGACCUCGGUGCUCUACCCCCUCGUCUUUUGCGUCUAUAACAUCAUCGCCAUCUUGGAUGGCUUGAUAUACUUUAACCAGACGAGUCUCAUCUCGGCCCUGCACGCCUGCCUCAUCACGCUAGGGACCGUCAUACUGCUAUCGGGUGUCUUGGCUUUGAGCUGGCGGCUCAGCGACGAGCAGCAUUCGCCCGGCGUUGGUCAGUCCACCCUGGCGCCCGGGCUGGGGCUCGUCGAGGACACCGAGGACGAAGAGGAGUCCCUGCUGGGAUCCGAGGCCGCCGUGGAAGAAGGAGAGGUCCUCUCAUACCAGACGUUUCCGGCGGCGAACGGGGAGACGACUCCGUUGACACCGACGCGAAACAAGAACUUCCGGUGGGUGGAGCGAGCCGAGAUCUGGGGCGAGCUUGCCGACGACGAAGAACCGAUCACGCCGAUAAGCAGAUUCCGAUCGAACACGCUGCCAGGACGAACGGAAUCUUCGCCGUUGCUGACCCCUUUCCGAGGUUCGGUGAGCGGCGCGAGGAGGACGAGCGGUGCCAGGGCUGGCGCCGAAUCGACGUCUCGCAAGUUCGGCCCACGGCGGAGGAAGAGCUCGGGAUUUCCGGGUCUCGUCGCGCGUCGGAACAUCCGGCGGCGGGACUCGUCGGCCUCCACCUCGUUGCGCGACUUCUUUACGAUCGGCUGGUGGGCGCGCAGGGGUAGCUUCUCGUCGGUAGUCAGUUCCGGCCCCGCGCCUGGCAGAAGCCCCUCACGGCUUCGUUUCAGCGAACGAAGAUGCAGUCACGAGGAGCCAAGCGGCGAGAGCAGCAACAGACCGGACGACUCGGCCGUGUGA